AUCAGCAGGUCCCAAAGGGAGCUUAUAUUGCACUUUUCUGUGGGCUGCUAUUAUUACCCUGCGAGGAGAUUGGCUUGUGGACAGUCCCAGGACAGCCAGCCCACCAGAGGCCUGGGAGCACCCCAGAGAGGAGCCCAGAAAGCCGGAGCGUGAGGGUGCGGGAAGAAGGCGACCGGGGACAAGCGUACGGCCAGGGCUCACGUCCUGUCAUUGACUGGGGUUCUGGAAGGUGGGCGGUCAGUGGAGAAGCAGACAGAGGGCUCGUGAAGGAGGGGCCGGAGCAGAGGCUACUGCUGCUGUGAGCUGCCCUGCGUCAGCAGUCCCACACUCUCUCUGCACGCACCAUGGAGCCCAACAGCCCCAAGAAGAUCCAGUUCGCUAUGCCCCUCUUCCACAGCCACCUGGACCCCCAGGCAGCAGAAAACAUCCGUCGGAGAAGACCCACGCCAGCCACGCUGGUCAUCUACAAUGAUUCACCUGGAGCAGAAGCAGAUGACAAACGAACAUCAGGAAGUCAGGGAGAGGUACCAAACACAGAUCUGUCCCCAGCUCAAAGGAAGCAGAGUGUGUACACCCCACCCACUAUGAAAGAACUGCAGCUGGUGGUGGAGCAGCACCUUCAGAAGCAGGAGAACCUGGAUGUUGGGCUAUGUGAAAGCCUCGACCCACUCAGCCCAAUCACAGCCCAGCACUACGGCAACGCUGCCCAGUGGGCCAAUCACAACUGCCCUGAGCCCAACGGCAAUGAGGCUCAUGUAAAUCUGCUUCUCGGUACUGAGGAGCACCCAGACAGCUGUACUGGGGGCAGGGAGUGGGCAGAGGUCCACGGAGCACGGGAUGAGAGGGGAGGUGACCGCCGCACCCCACACUCGCAGCCCCACUCAGACAGGUGCUCCGAAACGCGGUCAGGAAACCCGCCCAGGCGCAAAGACACUCCCUAUCAGCACUCACAUCCCUUCAAUCCAGGGACGAAGCUGCUAAGGACCCAGAGAGAAUCAUUCCCUGAAGAGGAAGAAGGUGUGGAAGAGCAGGAAAAAGACACAAAUCCGUAGAGAGGGCUCAGGGGCCCAUUUCAGAUUUGGGGAUUCAGCUUCAGGUACAUGGGUGGAAAAAGAAACUGGGGGAGAGAGGGGGUCUCAGAGGGGCUCAUUAUCAAUACAUGUCUUGGUUGUGAAACCAUACCCUUGUCUCUGUUUCCUGGUAUCCAGCAUCAUGAUUCACAAUCAUGUGAAUUAUUCAUUCUUCUAAAGCAGGGGUCUUUUUUGAUCCAGGGGCCCCCACUCAGGCUCAAAUAUAUUCAGGGAAGCCCCUUUAUGAGUAAAAUUACUGUUAAUAUUAUUAUUAUUAUUUAUUUUUAUUUUUAAAAAUAUUUUGAAAUAUUUUCCCAUAUAUAUUAUGUAAUAAUUUAAUAUCAAGUCUGGCCCUACUGUACCUUCAGGGACCCCCAGGGGUCUGUGGAGCCCCUGAUGAAAACCAAGGUUGUUAGAGAGCUAAUCUGCAUUAUUGCAAUUGAUCAUUUAAAAUAAUGGGCAGGCAAUAGAUUAGACUAUCAACAGUAAUAUAUUUUCAGUUUAAGUAAUAAUAGAAUACCACAAAGGAAAGCCUGGAGCCAAACUCAAUAAAAUGUAAUAAAAUGGCCUUAAUUGCAUUAUUCAAACCUCUCCAAUUUAAUUUUCAGUCAAGUCUGUGGAAAAAAAGAAUGGUCUUUUCUAGAGGGAACGCUGGCAGUGAUUUCUUAUAAAUGCAUGUGGAAAAUGCUUUUCAUAGGCAGUCAAUACAACUGAGCAAGGCUCAGUUCUGUCUCUAAUCAGGGUCCUGAACACAACUGACCACUACAGAGAAGAUAUCACUUGCUGGAACAUUAAUGGUUUUGGCAUAGCCCGUAAUGUGCAUUAGAAAGAAAUUGAAUAAAACAGAGUGCUAUGUAGCACUUUAUAUGGCUGAGAUGGAGCUUUGGGAUUCAGUUAAUGUGCUCCCCCCACCAGACAAAAGCUUGGAAAGUUUUGAAGUUCCUUCCUGAAACUAGCCCCUUCUCACUGGAAAAUACAGGAGACACCAGGAAUGGGACUUUUACUACAUUCAUUAAUUUGUAUAUGACAUUUAAGAUAAAUAUAUGAAUGUGAACAAACACAUUGUGCUGUUCUGUGCUACAAUUUGCAAACUAAAUACAAACUGCUACUGAAUACAGACUGGUAAACUAUGUUAUAUUUGAUGGGUACUUGCAGUAAAAUAAAAAUAGCAUACUUGCUGUCUGCGUCUGAAAGUUUAUUACGUUAAAUUAGUCUUCCUUUAGAUACAACAGAAAACCUUUCUAGAUUAAAAGGUAAGAAUAAUAUUUUUUUUCAGUGAAUGGACAGUAUUUAGCACUUUUCCCUUUUUCUCAACAUUUUAGAAUUAUGAACAAAUGAAGCACAAGCACUCAUCUGAUCUAUUUGUCCAGAUAUUUUACGCCCUACCACCGACACAGUACACUGUAAACAUUUCAAGGUGACUCUACUUGAAAUAAUGAGAAACCUGGCUGCCUUAAAAUAUUGAGUUAGGUGAACAACAAAUCUUCAGUUCUUCAUACUUCUUCAUACAGGUCAUACAGAAGUAGUAUGAAAAACUGAAGAUGCGUUAUUUGCCUAAUUCAACAGUUUAAUGCUGCCAGGUCACUCGUUACUUUAAGUUAAACCACUGUGACAUGUUUUUCAGUGUACCGUGUCAGCUGUUGAGAGAGUGUUAGCACCAAAGAGAUGACAGGUUUAAUGUUUUUGCAGCUUAAACAAUUAAGUAAUAAAAGUAAUUAUGUAACAAAAUAACACAAAGAUCUGGAGGCAAAUACAAAUUUAAAAAUGCCUUUAAUUUCAGUACACUGACCUCUCCACUUUUAUUUUAUUUUAUUAAAACUGGUAGCUUCUUUGUUGAAAAGAACUGGGAAUAAAGCAAUAACCCAAGCAGCCUGGAUAGAUUUAAACCAGCUUCACUCCUGGUGGGAUGAAGUCAGUUAUGUCCUGCCACUAGGACAUAGUCAGCUCAUGACAACCUGUGACUUUAAGCAAGUGCCUCUCCUGACCAUCAUGUUUCAGCUUGUCAUUUUAUAAUUUAUUAUUUUUAUUAUUUUAUUAUUAAGCCAUAUUUUAUUUCAUGAUUUGUAAAUAUUAACUUUUUAAAUUUUGGUUUUUCAUAGGAGUGAUUUCUCUAGAGUUUUUCAGGAAAUCCCCUGGUUUCUGCUGUUGAAGAAGCAAGACUGUGGAUUUGUUUUUCUUAUUUGAUGCAUCAGUAGAUCAAUAUAUUGGAUCAAUACAUUUGUCUGUGCCUAGACAGGUGGCUGCAGUGUGUAAUCUUUGCUAAGAUAGCAAUAGUGUUCCACUAUUUCAAGCUUUUGACUAUCUUAAUCCUUUUUUGUGUUAAUAUGUUAUCACCAUCAAAAAGUUCUAAGAAAAUUGUCGCUCAAUUUACAGAUCUUCAACAUACAUGUCUGAAUAGUUUUUGUUCAGUUCUUAACGUUUUUGACAAUAUCUCAAAAUCUUUAUUUAAGAAAUGGAUUUGCGUGGCUAGUAUGAAUGAUUAAUGUUGGACGAAAGUUUCAGGUAUUUUUUGAUCUGUAUACCUGUAGUACUCCCAAAUAAUGGUCAUUUUUACAGAUCUGUGGUACCUCAUAAACUCUGUGUCAGAAUAAAUGUCAGUCUUAACAUAAAUAAAUAUUUGUUCUUACAAACA